GACAGAUGUGGGCGUGCGGGAAAAGUGCUUCCUGUUAUGAACUAAGGGAAACAACCCGGCGGGAGUAACGUUAUCAUUUUUUAGGUAUUGACUUACUAAACAGUGUUGAGCGGAGGAGCCAUGCCUUUCCUCCAUGGGUUUCGCAGGAUCAUAUAUGAGUACAAGCCGCUCGUGGACGCUGUCAUGAGUGCAGUCGGACUGCUGGAAGUAGGCGGAAGUCACGAGGACAGAGUCAGAAGCCCUGAGGGAGAGUCCGCUCCUUGUAGCUCUCUGGCGGAGCUUCUGGAGCGAGAGUCCCAGUCAGAAGUGUUUGUGGAAGGCAUCAGCUGUUCUCUCUCGAAGGUAGCAGAGCACGGACUGGUCGACGCCGCUGAAAUCCUUCUACGAUACGGAGCUGAUCUAAACUUUGAGGACCCAGUGUCCUACUAUAACCCUCUCCAUAUGGCAGUUUUGAGGAACAAACCAGACAUGGUGAGGCUGCUGGUCAGGCACGGAGCAGACGUUGAAAAGAGAGACAGGAUCCAUGAGAGCAGUCCUUUGGAUCUGGCCAGUGAGGAGUUGGAGAGGCUGCCCUGCUUGCUCGUCCUUCUGGAGCUCGGUGCUGAUGUCAAUGCAAGGGAUAAACAUGGAAAAACCCCUUUGCUCCAUGCCUUUGCAAGCAGCGACGGACUCACUGUGCUCAACACAGAGAACAUUGAGCUUCUUCUUCAGAGAGGUGCUGACGUGAAUGCGGCUUCUUUAGACGGUGAAACGGCUUUGUCCUUGCUGGUGUUUGUGGUCACGGAGGCUCUGGAGGCCACCGCGGAGGACGCUGCUGAGAUGGGUAACUUUUGCUUGAAAGUCACACAGCUACUUUUGUCUCACGGUGUUGACCCCAGCUCCUGUCUGAAUGCGGACGGCAAGUCCUCGGUGAUGCCCACCCUGACGCAGACGAGCCUGGAGCACUUCGACCUGCUCUUCCCUCUGGCGGUGCUGUUAAUCCGUAGCGGAGCGUCUUUGGUUUGCUCCCAUCAUGGCGACUCUUGUUGGUCAGGGUACAGCCUCCUUUUCCAGCGGCUCCACACUGCCCUGCAGCAAUGCCCCGAUAAAAGUCACGCCUCCGAGCUGCUGGAGCAAGCUGAGGUGUUGCUCGACUUAGCGAAGGUUGACCUCAUCGCGUUGCAUGUGGAAGUGAAGCUCCCUGUGCCCGGUCGGGACCCUCACCCCUACGCUCAGGCUCUCAAGGACCUGCACAGCCGCGUAGAAGAGCAUGAAGCGAACCCUCCUGCUCUGCAAAACUUUUGUCGGGCGUUUAUAAGGAGCCACCUACAGCCUGGGCCCCUGGAAGACAGAGUGAAAGCUUUGCCAUUACCGGACAAACUGAAAGACUUUAUUCUUCCUGAGCCAAUCCCUAAGCCCGGCUGGGACUGCUUCAAGCCCCAACUUAGCCAGCGCUGACAAUAUAAGCUACCAAUAGUUUGUGCUCUACCUGAAAAUCUAAAUUGAAGGACUGAAAAAGCCAGUAGUAGUUGUAUAAAAGUACUGGGCACCAUUGAGGCCUUUUAUUUUAAAUCUUAUCAUAGUUUUCUCUGCCAAAUAACCAGACAACCAGUGUAUGUUUACUUCAAGACACAAAGUUAUGUCAAAUUACAACUAAUUAUUCUGAUUAAACUGCCACACAGUGAAGUGAGUCAUAUCAGUGAGUUUAGGCAGCGGCAAUACACAAUCAAAUCCACCAGAUGGCAAUGUUGCUCUCUCAGCUCAGAUGUUAGGGUCACAGAUUUAGCUAUUCACAGAGCAGCAUGUUUAAGUUGCUCCAGCGCAGUAGGCUCCAUCUAUAUUUCAUCUCCUCAACAUGAUGGUGGUGUAUUGUGGAAUUUGUGAAUAUUCUCGCUUAAAUAUAAAAAUGAACCAAUAAAUCAGUCGGGUUUCUCCCCAUCAGAGUCCUGACAGCUGCACACAAAUAUCAGUUUGACUUUUCUUUUUUUUAUGGCUGUCAACAUGUAACUGUUUUUAGCUGACCAGGUAGUGGCAGUGCAGCGCUGAGUGUGCCUCAAACUUACUGGCUGCCUGGUUAUAGUGAAGUAAUUGUUGCUAUAUAUAUUUAGCAUGUUCAUACACCAAACAUCAGUUGAGUGAAUGCAACAAAAAAAGGACGCUCCAACACUGCAGGAAGCCUGUAGAUGUUUUGACACUGUUCCACUGUGACAUAAUGUGUCUGCAGUGGCUGCUGGCCUGGAAAGUUUUACCAAGCAUUCUUAAUGCUAAUGUUUAAAUUCAGAUGAAUUCAGGGGCUCUUUCCUCUUUUUUUUGUUUUUUGCUUCCUCAUAUGCACAAACCCCAACCUGCACAUCCCGUCUUUGCUAAUAAACAAAUGUCUUCUAAAAGAAAUACACCACUGUAAUGCGGAAAUACUACAGGGUACAUAUGUGUUUGUGUCCAUGUCUCUGUGUGUGUGAGCAAACUAAAUAGGACAUUGUGUUACACAACUAACCCCUUCCUGACAUUGCUGAAGCUGGAGUGGCUCCAAGGCUUGCAAGCGCUCCAGCUCCUCUUGGUUAUCUAGGUCACAGCCUCUGAGGAGAAGAGCCUCAGCAGCAGCAGCAGCCCUGCAUGACACACGCUUCACUCUCCUGUCUGACUGAAUCUCUUGACAAAACCUCAACACUGGCCCUGGUCGAAUGAGGGUGGGUGAGAGAGAGAGAGAGAGAGAGAGAGAGAGGGAGGGGGUUGGG